UGUGUGAAUAAUGUGUCAUGGCCCAUUCAGAAGUCCUUUUCUCCCAGGCACAUUUAUUCACUCACUGAUGAAAUACAGAUGGCGUCUCCAUGGAGUGCACGCCUGUUCUUGUGUGCGCACUCAGAAGUGUGUGCAUGUUUGCAUAUAAAAGGCAUCUGUUUAAUGCAUUUCUGAUCAUUUGAAGCCAAACGCUGAAAGCAGGAAGAAACACUCUAUCUGAACAACAACUACAGGAUUAUGAUGGACUUAACUUUCCUGUGGAGUUCAUCGCACCUGUCCAUCAAAGAAACCUGCUCCAUCAAACCCCACAGCUUCUCUGUCCUCCCCGUCCUCCAUGUUCAGUGAUGGCUGACUGGAGUUGGGUGGCCUACACAGUAUUAGAAGUGCUGAUAGCUGUGGCUUGUUGUCUUGGCAAUGUGCUGGUGGUGUGUGCGGUGUGCAGUGGUAUCCGGGAUUCUCUCCGGGAGCCCACCUUCUGCUUCCUUGUGUCCCUAGCAGUGGCUGACUUCCUAGUGGGCGUGGCGGCUGUGCCCCUGGCUGUGCUGUUGGACGGCUGGGUGAGUGUGACCCCUGACCUGUGCCUGCUCCUCAGCUGUGUGGUGCUCGUACUGACUCAGGCCUCUGUGCUGUCACUGCUUGCUAUCGCCGUGGACCGAUACCUGCGGUUACACACGCCGCUCAGAUACAAAGCUCUAGCCACACAGAGGCGUACAUGCAUGGCCGUAUCUGUGUGCUGGAUACUCUCCUGUCUGCUGGGGUUCACUCCUCUGUUUGGCUGGAGCAACUACUCCCCUCUAGCAUCUGAAUCCACCAAUACAUCCUCCUCUUCCGUCACCUCCCCACCCUGCACCUUCCUCUCAGUGAUCUCCCUCCCCUUCAUGGUUUACUUCAACUUUCUGGGAUGCGUCAUGGCACCCCUGCUGGUCAUGACCCUCCUCUACACUCGAAUCUUCUGGAGCCUGCAGGGCCGUCUCAAGGAGAGCUGUCCCCAAGCCCAGGCCUCUCUGCUCAGGGAGAAGAGGCUGGCCUGCUCCCUGGCUCUGGUUCUCAUUUUGUUUGCCUGCUGCUGGAUUCCUCUGCACCUGAUGAAUUGCCUGCUGCUGUUUCAUGGUCCUCAAGCUGUCACACGAGGGACACUCUAUACAGGUAUUCUUCUGUCUCAUGCCAACUCGGCAGUCAACCCUGUGGUCUACGCUUGGCGCAUCCCAAAGAUCCAACAGGCCUACAGUCAAAUAUGGAGGCGCUUCCUCUUGAGGCUGGACUGUUUCCAUGGGGACAAGCAAGUCCGUCAAUCAAUACCGGGCAGCCGAGCCAAUCACACAGAGACUUGUGCAUCAGGAGGGAAGACUACGCCCUAACGAAGGACCACAGGCAUUUUAAAUCCAGAAUGUUUGAGUUCAUGGGACUUUGUCAGGAGGUUUUACACCCACUUACAAACCUGCCAAUCACUGCAUCCAACAAUCAUUUAAGGCUUUAUUAUGCACAACAAUCAGUGGAAAUACAGGCAGUCGGUGAGUGUUCGAAUUUGUGUGGUGUUUGGUGUAACUGCAACGCUGCAUUGCCUUGCUCCGCCAUGGCUUUUCCCCCUCGCCUGCAAACUUUAUUUAAGUCAAAGCGAUCUCAUGAGUUUCCACUAGAGGGUGCUGUAGACUAACAAACUCACAUGCUGCUGUUGCACACAAACCAUGAGCCCAUCGGCGUUGCAUUGGUGAAAAUAAUUCUCAAGAUCACUGAAUUUUGGACAACUGAUUUGAGGUAAAUGUGACUUUAUUGAGGUGUACAUAUUUUUGUCAUGUGACAGAUUCAAUCAAUUCAUCACUAAGCUUUUUGCAGCACAUAUCUACUUGCUCAUUGCUUUCUAAAAUGUCAAAAUAAACGAAUGAUACUUAGCCAUGACAGUGUGUUGCGUGUUCAUGAGUGUUCAGUGAGCUCCUCAG